AGUCAACGUUGAUCGCCUAGUCGGGGGGUCAAAGUAGUGUCCGUUCGUUCGCGAGGAGUGUACCAGGAGAGCUCACACAGUCGUACCAAGCAGCGGAAAAAGAGGCAACCAUUUUUCUCCAUCAGCGAAACGAAUUUUGCAUAUUUUCCGUUCCCGAAACGCUGUUGUCGAGCCGAUUGUUUGUGGAAAAAUUGUGCCUGGCCGCGGGAGGUGUAAAAACGUGGCGUAUUUGUGCGGAAAAAGAACGUUUCGACGGAAAGGGAUCGGAAUUUGGUCCUGAGUUUUGACCGUGCGAAACGCGUUUCUUCGACGAGAAGCAGUCUCUACCAAGUGGAGGAGGAAGAAAUGACAGUGUAGUGUUAUUUUUUUUAUUUGAAUGUAGCUGUGUUUUGGGUGAUCCUCUUGUGAAAUUUUCCUUCGUACAACUUGGAAUAAAGGAAGAAACACUGGAGCAGCAGGAGUAUUUGUUCCUUCUCCCUGGAGCGUUGCCCGACGGAAAGGAUAUCGGGAAAUUCAGAGCAGCAGUAGAAGCAGCAGCAGACGUAAUAUCAACACAAAUAGUAGGAAGCCGAAGACAGGUCUGCAAGCAUUCCUACUCGCUGCAUUGGAUAGGCAGCCAGGAAUCUAUUUCCUUUAAGAAUUGAAGGGCAUGUUUUCCACUUUCAUUGGACUAAUCGAUAUCCAAUCAUGGUGGGAGGUGCCCUGCAUUGCACACUUCUGUUCGUUGUUUAGUAGCUCUUUUCAGUUGCCGGAUUUCGACAUCGAGGAUCUCGAGGAAGCUCUCCUUACCGAUGCCGACACCGAUAGUGAAGUCGACUUAAAAGUUUACAACGCUCGUCUUCUGCCGGAUCUCAUAGUAGCACUUCUCAAGGGUUGCGACGCGCUUAGCCAGAUCGCAUCUCACAUAAGCCCGAGUAACUAUCAAAUGUUCUUGAGACGUCUCUUUCGUCAGAAAUGUCAGGUAUAUAACAUCGAUAAUCCGUUCAACACCGACACCGACUUCGAGAAGCUACCGCUGCGCACCAAAAUCUUAAUUUUAAAGUAUCUUUGUGACUUUCGUCUGGACUCAGUUGACGUUUACAACAGCUUCGCUAAUCUGGAAGCGGACAGUUUGCGGGUCGAACCGUUGGGCUACGACAGUAAAGGGUCCGCCUAUUGGUACUUUUUUGGCACCCGUCUCUACCGGGAAGAUUACGAAACUCCAAUCGGAAAGGGUAAUAAAUCGUCCAAACGGUCAGUGUGGCAAGUCAUCUGUUUCACCGAGGAGGACUGGAAUAAUUUGGCGGCAAAAUUUCAUCGCUCCAAGAGCGAAAUCGAACGUGCCUUGUACCAGCAGCUGGCGGAGAACUUUUUGCCGAACAUUCCGAAGAUCUUCCGCGACAAGGAGCGUGAGCGCAGGAAUAAACUCCUGGAACGUCGUACUUCCUCGCGCAUAAAAGUAUACGAGGAGCGACGCUUAGCGGAGCUCUAUCGCGAGGAAGCACAAAAAGUUCAGCAGAAAGAAAGGCGUGCGCCGGUUCUGACCAAGCUAAAGUUAUCUGAAGAGAGAGCUAAGCGCGCCGAACGACGAUCGCGUUCGAACUCGGUCACAAGUAUAGUAUCAACCUAUGCAAGCUCACCAGAACCGCUCACGAGUGAUUUUAUUUUUCAGCCAAAAGAGAGCGAAAACCUAAUCGCAUAUACUGCUUCUAGCAAGCAUUCGCAUGCUAAACAUUCUGCAUCCGUUAUUAAUCCACCAGCUUCCCCUUCCUCUGAGUUAGGUUCCGAGCAAACAGCAACCGCGGAUAUCGUAGUCGAAUCGGACAAUUCAAAACAAGGUUCAGAAGAACGUGAAGACGAGGUAGAAGAAGAGAACGAUAGUAGUGUUAGUGUUGGUGAACAAAUAAACAAUAGCAGUGCGGAAGUUGCUUCCAGUGUUGCCAGCAGCAGUGGCAUUAGUAGUCAUACGCGCGAGAAAACAUCUUCACCUUCGAGAAACGAUACCCAAUCGGCAACUUCUAUUCAACCUCUGCCACUGCCAGCUGUGGAAAGUAAAACAAAGAAGAAAUCAAACAGACCCUACAAAUCACUCAGUGCUGAAAUCGAAGGACUGCUCCAAUAUAACCGCAACAUGGCGCCCACCACAACCAAACUCCCGGGGCGACAAACCAACAAUUCUCUGUCUUCGGUCACCGGGCCGGUGAUUCUGCCACUCGCAGACACACCGUCCAGAACAUCCAGCAGCAGUAACUCGGGAAGCAAAAGCGGAGAGUCUGGCACGGGCAACGCCGGUGGCCGGAAAAAGAAAAACAAAGCUGCACCAGUUUUCACCACAACCACAUCCACUUUGAUUUCGUCGUUUAGCUUUACCGAAACCGAAGAAGUUCUCCAGAUCGGGAUGCACAAAGUGCUGGAGUUUAUCAAGAAUCACGAUGAUGCGUGGCCAUUCAUGGAUCCCGUGGAGGAAGACAUCGCACCCCGGUACUAUUCCAUCAUCCGGAGACCAAUGGAUCUGCAGAAGAUGGAGGAAAAACUGGAUAACGGCGAGUAUCUGUCGUUCGCUGACUUUCGCAAUGACUUCAAGUUGAUCGUUAAUAACUGUCGCUUGUACAACGGCCAAGCCAACGAGUACACCGAAAUGGUAAACAACCUCCAGCUGGCGUUCGAGAAGGCGACGAAGAAGUAUUUCGAUUCGAACACGUCGGACGACGAACCGACGCUGGAGUACCCAAUCUUCAAGGAGAGACCCUUCGCCACCGCCGCCACCGUCACCGGUACCAGCGACAAAGCCGCCGUCGAUUCGAACGGCAGUUUGAGCAACGGCAAGUCUGUGAAGGAACAUAAAAGCGGCAAGAAGGGUGGCAAUAACAGUGGUGGUGGCGGUAAUAGUAAGCACAACAGUUCAAGUGAUGCUAAAAGUGAAAGCAGGAAAGAAGAUAGUUAUAAAGAUUCUAAUAGGUCGAAAAGUGAAAUUAGUGACGACAGUUCAGGGAAAAAGUCAUCAUAUCGUGGUAGUGGUACCAAGAAAACCAAACAUAGUGAAUCGGAAUCAAAGAACAGCACUGAAGCGAAUCAAAUCUCGUAUGCUAAAGGUGUAAAGCGGAAGCGGAAAGAGAAAGAAAAAGUGGGCGUGAGUAAAAGCAAACGAACAAAACGGAAUCAGACGGAUGAUGAGGGAGAGAGUGAGAAUGCAGACGAUGCAGAAGAAGGUGAUAUAUCUGUGGGCCACAAAAAGCAUUCUGGUGAAGACCGUGGUUCCUCGACCCCAAUACUGGAGGAGAGCAAUAAGAAACAUAGAACAAAGAAACAUGAAAACAAGCUGAAGGUGAAAGAAAAGAAAGGACAAAAGAAGAAUUCCAAGAGCGAUGCCAGGGAGACAAUUGAGAGGGAAUGUCCGAUCCGAUCAAGAUCGCCAUCUCCGGCUUCAAGUUGCCAAAGUUCGUUUUCGCCUCCAUCGAUAAAGAAGGCGGAGAAGGGUACAGAAGAAUCAACGUUAAAACAAAAGCAUGGUAAACGGGACAAAAAGGAGGAACGUCCGGUUGUUGCUGAACACAGUGGCAAGGGCAGGAAAAAAUCAUCUAAAUAUAUCGACACAUCGUUGAGUUCCAUGUCACCCUCUCCGGUAAAAGCUAAACGGAGGAAGAAACAUCGAGUGGCGCAUCCUGAGGAGCAGAGUGAAGCCGAGAAAUUCACAGAUGUGCCUAUCGAUGAGGACGAAAACAAAGAAACUGAUCUCAGUAAUUUUGCGGAUAUCGAUGAGAUCCGAGUGCAACAAGACAAUAAAAGGCACGAUUCGGAUGAUAGUCUAGCGGAGUAUACGAAUUGUGAAACGUCGAAAAGGGGUAAGAAGGACAAAAAGAUGAACCAGAAAACGGGGAAGCCCAGGGGUAAAAGCAAACACGAGGAUAAAUCGAAGAAGGGAAAAUCAAAAGGGCGAAAUGAGAAAACCAGAAAAACCAAAGCUGCUGAUAGCUUUGAAGCUUCCUCGGUGAUUUCAUCGAGCAAUGAAGAAAUUCCGGAAGAAACUGUGAAAGACAAAUGCCAGAAGCUGGCUGAGAAGGAAAUCAAAAGUGCCUCAAAGAAACAACCAAAGGAUUUUUCCAAAUAUACGACGCUUCCAAGGGACAGAAGUUUGUCCAGGAGCUUCUCAAGAUCUCCAAGUCCUCUCCCUUCGAUAAAAGAUGGGUACGAUUCAUUGUCGGAGCAUUCGAUGGAAUUUGAUGAUGAUCGGAAUGCGACCAAGCUAAUUCCGACCCGACCGAUUACACCUGAAAUAAAAGACAAGUAUGAUCUCAUCAAGGAACGACGGCGGAAUCAAGCGAAUGCGAAGCUACCAGUUAUGCCAACUAUCGUGAAUGACAAACCGGCGAGACAGAAAAGCAAACCUCAAGAGAAUAUUCGGAAAAAGUCAAAAGGGAUCCAACCUCAAAAUACCAAUCCAAGUGCCUCAAUUCCUUCCACCAAGCAGAAAAUAAAGGAGGAGAAAGAGAAUCACUUAAAGCCGAAGGAAAUGGGGAAGAAUAAAAAGAAAUCGACUGAUCGACCCGCUGAGAUUCGUAGCGAAUCGCCAGCACCAGCGGAACUAUCCAGUUGGGCGGAACCCUUGGAGAAAUCUCGACUCUCUUACAAAGAUGAGAAGGCGGAGAAACGUGAGGUGGAGAAAAAAGGAAACCCUAGCGACGAAUAUGAUUUUGUAGACGAUUCUCUUCCAGAGCUUCCAGAGACUCCGAAAGCUUCCACACCGAUACCUUCGCCAUGCUUACCAUCAUCCGUAGAGAAACCCACGCAACCUCAUAAAAAUAAAGUGGAGACGGCAAAGAAAGCUAACCAUAAAGCAAGUAAAACUACUACCCAAAGCAAACAUACAAAACCAAAUCCGAGCACGGCAAAUAAACAACCCAAAGCAUCCGGAGCCAACAUGGAAGCCCUGGAAUUGGAAACCGAGCAAACGCUGAAGGAUAUAAACAAAUGGUUGGAAAACACUCCUCGUUUUUCAGAAUACAGCUCCGCUAGUAACUCCCCAUCUCGUUAUAUCAUGGAUGAUUUGGAUGCGGUCACGGCAAAGAUUGAUGCAGCCGAUUUCCGUAAACCCAUCACUCUUGCCCAGCUUCCAGAGGAAACGGAGAAGCCAAUUAUCCCAUCCACCCAGCAGGCAGAAUCCCCACCACUGUUACCGAUUCCAACGCCCAUUCCGACGGUGGUACCAAAUUCUCCGAAAGGUUUCCACCAUCCGGUUCAACCCGCGUCUAAAGAAUCGAUCAAGCUGAAAAAUUCAAGGGACCAAACACAUGGGGUUGAAUCAGUGCAGCAGGAGCCCAUAAAUAACAACAACCACGCUUCGGUACCGGGUGUUUUAGUAAAACCACCGCUUUCACAACCACAACCAACCGUGCUACCUGCAACUCCCGCGCCCCCAGUUAACCUGCCCACACCAAUGCCGAUUGAACGAGCCCCUCUUGGUCCACCACCAAUAAUUCCACCCCAUUCGCAGAAGAAAGAACCAAAAGAAUCCAAGCGAAAAAGCCUCAAGGAAAAACUAAGCCAGCUGGGGUCACGAAAGCGGGAAACCGUUCACAGAACCAUCGAUCGACUUCAACCGGGCAAAUCUAAAGGAAAUUUGCUCAAUUCUAUUCAGAAUCUCAACAAACCGGAGGAACUGUUCCCCCUGGGUGGUGGACCAAACAAACUGAAGGAGGUUAAAAACUCUCUGAUAGUGAAAACGGACGAGUCGAAACCAAAGCUCAGCCUGGGAACGGUACUGCACACCGAAGGAUUUGGUUUGUGCCAGCAGCACAAUUUCGCCGACGAGAAGAAAGAAGAGGAGAGCGGCGGCGUGGAUCGGAUCGAAGCGAAGCCCGAUUUGAAGGAGAAAGAAAGCGAACAUCAGUCGCUCAGUUCUUCCAGGGAGGAUGAUGGGGAUAAAAUGUUGAUCAAUGAAGAUAUAAAGACGGUCAAAGCUGUCCUAGCCGACGCUGGGAAGGUGGUGGUGGAUUCGCCAGAGAAGACAGCAGCAAAAGCUGCCAAAUCGGAUAAACCCUCGGCCACUCCGAAUUUGAGUGCGUGGUUCAAGGCAUUCGGGGCUCCGAAGAAGCCUAAGAAGGCGGAGGAAAGUGAGGAGGCGAGUAAAGGUUCCCCAUAUGAGACUGCCAAGAGCAGCGAGAAUACUUCACCGUCGGACACAACAGGUCUUAACGUUCCGAUUGUUCCAAGUUUGGAAAGCCCAAGCUAUCCUUCGUUGAUGGCUCCGAGACAGAGGAAAGCCAGCACGGGGAGUACCGUCUCGGAGAGGUCUUCGUUCAGCCAAGACCCUGACAGUCCCCGUAUUGGUAUCGAUGAGAGAAUCGGGGUUUAUCCGGCUCCCUAUCCGAGCCCGAUGGGAGCUUCGCCUAUUAUGACCUCUCCGAAGUUGGAUGAAACACAGAAGAAUACAUACCCAUUGAAUGGAGCUAUUAAGGUUGGGUUCUAUCAGGAUACGACGACAAAAAGUAGUCCUGAAAAGAGCUGUAGCCCGAGAGACCUUCCCUCACCGUAUCCUCAAUACUCGCAGCAUCUGUACACUGCAAAUUCUAACGUGAGUGGAGCUAAUCUAUACGGGAACUAUUCGUCGUAUAGCGGAAAUAACACCGCUAGUACCAGCACUACGGACGCGUUUAAAGGAUACGAUCAGUACAAACAACCCGCCUCUCAAGAGUCCGAAUAUAACUCGUCAAUGAGCCCCAGUACAAACCCGAAUUCACCUUAUCAUAACCCGCAGUCGUCGCCUUACCAGCAGCAACCCAACUCACCCUAUCAACAGAACUUCAAUCAGCAACAACCAAUUCCAUCUCCGGCCUCGUCCGGACCGCUGUCUCCGUAUAACAGCAGUUCACUAGCACCACAACCGUCAGUACAACAAUCUCCGGCCCAGUCAGUUAGUGGUCAUUCGCCUUUCAACCCAUCGCCUACUUCGCCUUAUCAAACACCUCAACAUCAGCCACAGAAUCAACUCCCGCAGGCGCAGAAACUCAAUCAACCCCAGCAACAGCAUUCAUCGAAACCAAAUACUCCCAUUCAUCAGAGUCCAAAUUCACCGUUCUCUCAAUCGAAUCACAGCUCUCCGUAUUCACAGCAAGAUCCAAACUCACCGUAUUCCCAAGGCCAACUAUCGCCUUUCCAACCGAUGUCACCAAAACCUCCUCAAGCCAACCAUCCAACAAUAUCACAGAGCGCUACUAACAAUAGCCUGAAGUUGGCUCCCCCUAUUAUCACUCCACAACAAGCAGCAGCUGCGGCGGGAGUCACACUGCCGGAAUCACCAGUGAAUAAUCAUUCGCAACAGCAAGCAUCGCAAGCUUCGCCCCAACAUCAACAACAACAACAACAAGCUUCGAACACCGGCGGCCAAAUAUCCAUGCAGCAGCAACCUUCACAACAAUUACAGCAACCGCCGCAACAACUGCAGCCUUCUCCACAACAUUUGCAGCAAUCCCCACAACAACAACUGCAGCCAUCGCCUCAACAACAAUUGCAGCAACCAUCCCCUCAACAAUUGCAACCGGCUUCGCAGCCACAGCAGCCUCAACUCUCUACUCAACUCAAUACCCCCACAAUUUGGAACCAACAACCAAGCUACAAUCAGUUCUCGUCCCCUACGGAGAACCCAAUCGGGUUGAAUGCGAACAUACCCACCCCAGCCCACAUGCACCAUCUUCAACAACCGCCCCAAUCUCAAACUCAGCAACUGAAGCCACAGCCUGCUCAUCACAACAUUCAACACAUGCAACCCCAAUUGCAUAACCAACAUUCGCAGCAACAACACCAUCAUCAACAACAGCCGCAGCAACCGCAGCAACAACAACAGCAACAACAACAGCAACAACAGCAGCAGCCCGCAUCAUGCCAGCAACAACAAUCGCAACAGUUGCAAUCGACAGAACUAAACAACCUCACACCCGCUCACAGUCAGUCGAGCCAGGGCCAAUCAACCAUGCAACAGCAACAGCAACAACAACAACAACAACAACAACAACAACAACAACAACAACAACAGCACCAGCUGCAGCAACAUCAACAACACAACAGUCAUUUGAGUAACCUACUCAGCAAUAAUCCCUACACAUCUAACUAUGGUCGCCAAGCUUAUGACCCCUCUGGACAAACCCAUACUCACGCUCAUUUGAGCCAAGACCUCGGCAAAAACUCAUCCAAAGUACCUGACCUGAUCAAUUUAGGCUAUACUAGUGGUAACCCGGAAAGCAGUGCGAACAGCAGCAAGACUGUUUCCCAGCAGCAGCAGCAGCAACAACAACAGCAGCAGCAGGAGAUUCCCAUGAAUAUGGGUAACAAAGGGGCGGAAAAUGAUGCCAAAGGGAAGGAACUUUCCAAACAACAGCAGAUGAUUGAACUGAUUGGAGCGAUGAACUACGGAAAUGCAAUGGAUAUCUCGAUCAGUAAAAGUAAGGCAUUCGAUAUGUUCAACAGGGCGGCCACGAUGACCUUUCCGCGUGGUUUUCCCGGCUCUGUCGGGAGUGGAAUUACAGCCCAGUCGCAACAAGAAUCGGCUAAAAUGGGUUACACCGGGUAUGAACAGUUGCAAACGAACACCACCAAAGCUCAUGACAUGAGCGGUUCAAAUCCGUAUAAUCUACAUCAACAGCCACAACCAAAAACAAACCCGAAUGAGUUGCUUGCCGCGAACAAUAUUCGAGCGCAAGAUAACACUCUGCAACGAUACGACCAGCAGGCGAGUUCGAACGUUCAACAGCAGCAGCAUCAUCAUCCCCAACAACAGCAGCAUCAGCAACAACAACAGCAACCACAACAACACCAGCAACAUCAGCAAGGAAAUAUAGAUCUCAGUACCGGUUACAAGUCAUUCAGCGCUUCACAGUCUUCCUCCUCCUCCCUGAUGGACCCAACGCUGAGAAGCUUGACAUCGUUAUCAUCCCUGUAUCAACAGGACGAUCGUUUACUGGGCACCAGUUCGGCUCCGACAGGAUUCUAUGACAAGAACAUGCCCCCGACGGCGCACAUGUUCGGAAAAAAUCUCUCGAAUCUUCCGUCGGCGACGUCUUCCACGGUUGGCGGCUCGGCCGCGUCGUCAACCUCAACGUUACAGCAGAUGUUCAAUACGACCAUGGCCACUACGAUGGCUUAUAGUGCGGCGGCGAGAGAUCAGCAAGCUUCCUACGGUGCAAACUAUCACCAAAGAAACGAUAUGUUGGGCCAAGCGCAGAAGGUCCCCUUGAAUAUACCUUCUAUACCAAAUCCGGUGGCUCCGGUGGCUGCUGCCCCAGAACCAGCGAAACCAAAACGUGGCCGAAGGAAAAAGGAAACCCAAGAAAUGCUUCAACAGCAAGCCAUCCAGCAGCAGCAGCAGCAUCACCAGCAACAACAGCCACAAACGCGACCGAAUACCGCUAAUCAGGGCUUCCAAACGUAUGCUGGCAUGAAAACGAACCAAACAUCCGCCUCGUCUGGCAAUCAGUCGCACGCAGUACCUAAUACAUCUGGAAAUGUUGCAUCCAUUGCCGCCGGUGGCGGCAACGCGGAGCCAUCGGCAAUAUCGUUGAAAAGCGCCGUUGUUCCGGGCAGUGCGUUCAACUUCGGCCCCGGGCCAACCGGCCUCGGUUUACCUUCGAGUCUAUACGGUGAGAACUCCCCCUACCUGGAUGAGUUCCGCAACAAUCCCAACCCCUACUCCCCCUACCUUGCAUCUAGUCACAGAGGAGGACCCACUUCCACAGGAGCGGCGACGGCGGCGGCGGGUGAUGGAUCGGAUAAAGCGGUGAAUCCCACGGCAUCCACAGCGUCAGCCGCGGUGGCCGCGGCAGCAGCAGCAGCAGCCGCUGCAGCUGUCCACCAGCAGCCACCAACGGCAGCCUCCGCAUAUCACCAGUUCCUCUCCCACCCCUCGUCUCGCCCAUCGCCUUAUCAAUUCAUGAACCAACUGGAUCCACUGCACCAGCAGUACAUCCGACAGGAGGAACUUCGCGCCCAGAUGAUGCUGAAUCAAAGUCUUGGUCUGGGGGCGCCUACGGCGCACGCUCCCCCAGGAGCCUAUGGACAACCGGGAGCGUACCAUCCGGCCCUCGGGAUGCAUAAACCCUACGAUGCCAUGAAUUCGAUGAAUCGACCACCCUGGCUAUAACAGCAAUCCGAUGUCGCCGGUCACGGUACGGAACCGAACCUCCGUACAAAGGCUGGCGGCAUUUGUGAAACCCACGUGGAGGGAGAACCCGCGGCCGCGUUGGUCUCCGACAACGGCGCAGCCGGGGGAAGUAAUGAAACGGUUGCCUGGGACGCUCGGAGGAACCAAACUAAUUUCUAGGAAGAGUCUGCAUCUUCGGCUUUGUUUUAGUGUACGUAUGUGUAUUCGCAGAUGUUAAUUUUAUAGAAACGGUGAUUUUAAUUUGUUUAGGCUUAUUUUAUGGUACCGUACCACGAAGUACGCUGCCAUGUCGAAGGUAUAUACGUGAGUUUCUGAAACCAUAGUUUUCCGGUAUGUCAUAAUGCAGGCGGUGAUGUGUACUAUGUUAGGGUAUAUUAAAGUUCUUGAUGUGUUUGUGUAGCUUAUCAUCAAUUCAUGAUUCAUUCUCUCUGUCUCUAACUCGAAGCGAUGGAUCCUUUGUGCAAUACUGGCGAAUAUGUAUAAUACCAUUUGUGUUAAUGGAAAUUGCUAUUAUUAGGUUAAAACUUCAUUCAUUUAGAAUCCGGAAUCAUAAAACCAAUUGUAUCGUUUUUUAUAUCAAACUGCAGAUAAAAAGUCAGUUACAGUUUGGAUGAAUUUUCGUACUUUUCUUCGGAUACCCUCCACCAAAGUUUGGACUCUCUGUUGGUCAAUCUCAGCGACCAUUUAAUUCCACGAUAUCUUCAUGUCUACAGCAUCCAGAGCCACAUCGACACCCUUCUUCAAUUUCCGCCUGACAAUUGUUCUUUUUUUCCGACCGGGGGAGUUGGAGACAAACGGGAGGAUUGAGGCCUUUAUCAAUGUAAUCGAUCCGAUUGUUACGGUAGCACUAAAUCACCUCUCGACUGUAGUGGCAUCUUGCCAAACUUGGCAAACCUUUGUCCGUUGUCUUGUUUGUGACGAGUAGGGGAAAAGGGGGGAAUUUGAACCAUCUAAACAAAUCGCCUACUAUUUCCAAACCAAUACGGUCUAAAUAAAAAAUGUCACAUUGUAUACUGAGCUACACUUGUUUUCUCUCAAUAAAUAAUGUUUAAUCAUUAUAUAAAGCUUCAAUCUACCAAAUAUAUCAUAAAAUAAAAGAGAUGAUUUUUGAACAUUAAAAUUUGAUGCGAGGUGAUUUGGACCGUCUGUGGGGUGAUUUGGUCCAGUGUGUGUUUCAUUGAAAAAAAAACAUACGUAGAACAUUAAAAAAAACAACGCACCAAUGCGUUGUUACAGACAUUUUGACAACCCUCACCAUAACGCAGCACCCCACUGGUGGUUGCGGUUCAGGUGUGGGAAAUAGUAAUCUGCCUCUCGGUGAAUAGUGAGUUAGCAAAUUUGGCAACGCGAUAGCAACCGAGCCAAGUGUUGCUAUUUUCAACAAAUGUCAAACAUCUGUUGUGGGUUUCAUUCGUCUUGUGUCCGUUUUUUUGUGAUUUUGCUCUGAAGUAUUAUUUCGGAAGUGUAUAUAUAUAUAUUACAUUUAUCUACCAAAAAAUGAACGUGACGAAAAGAGAAUCAACUGACACUUGUCAUUUCUUCUAGUAAUAGCAAUCGUAUUUAACAACCUGCGGUGCGAAAAAGAAGUGAUACUAUAGCAACCGCGAUAGCAACGAGGGGUGCGCAAAUCGACGAGUUAAUAGAUUGGCAACGGCUAAAACUCGAGACUAGAAGUCUUGAAUAGUAACGUAUUGGUGCGGAUGCCCUUACGAGCCGUGCUGCGCGCUUGAAUCUGGAUUGCUCUCUCUGUUGAGGUAUUUUACUUCACACAAGCCUAUACGGUUCAAUUGGGGACGCGCUGUUGUUUUUAUGCUUUGCUUAGAACGAACGGAGACAAAGCGGGUGCUAGAAUUUGAAUUUAUAUGUAUGUGUGUGUGUGUGUGUGUGUGUGUGUGUGUUUGUGUGUGUGUGUGUGUGUGUAUAGAAUGAGACGCGCAUCACACAAGUGAGAAGAAAUGUUUAGUAUCUGAGUUCUGCGCCGGGUACAUUUUGCGCUGUCGUGCUUAUGAAUUUUGUGCGCUUCGCACCAAGAGAGAAUACGAGUGUUCUUUGAGCGCGCGCUGAUGAAAAUUCAACUCAAGCGCAGCGCUGCGUUUGUUUUCUGAAGACUGAUCCCAAGGCAUUCUGAAAAUUAUUUCACCGUGAACUGUAAAAGGAUAUGUUUAGCAGUUCUAGAGUUUUCAUUGAAAAUUUCGAUAUGGAUGCAAUUUCAUUCAAUCGGAUCUCUGCACGGGUUGAAAAACUUCGUUGCUUCAGGUUAAUCCGCGAACAACUGAAUAUUUUAUACGAAUUACUUUAUUGAAACUCGAUGUUUAUUAAUUUCAUGUUUACUGGCGAACUUUUCAUAUGAAAUAGUACGUGAACAAAAACAUUUUGUUCGCCACGAUUUUCUGAGUUGUUUGUUCGCAAUGUAGUUCGUCGUGAAAUGAUCGUACUGACCUGUUCAUGUUCACGUUCACGGGGGCUCUAAACCAGCCUUUAGCUGCCAUCAGUGAGCUCAGCGGUGUUUGAGUUCGUACGGUCGUUAGGGAUUCUCAUGUUCUCAACAACAUGUCCAGCUGGAGAGCAGUUUAAGUCCUUUUUGAAUGUGGUUCUCAAACCCAGCAGAAUCGAAGAAAGACUAAAGGAUCAUUUCAUGACUGCUUCCGUCAGCUUAUGGCUAAAGUGUUCGACUAUUCUAUUUGCUUUAUAGGUAGGUAAUACGCGAUUGUUCGAGUAUGAUUUGUUCCUAGUAUAGAUGUCAAUUCGCUGAAUUAUUCCGAUUCGAAUUGGCGGCCGCGAGAUCCUUUGAGAGUAAAGUGCCAUUGCUAUGUUGUACGCCGUCGUAUCCUCCAGUAGAAUUGCUACUGGCUAUCUGGUAAAUCGAUCUACAAUGGUAUGAAGAUAAACGUAACCGUUAGAUGGUGGUAAUGGGCCCACUAAAUCAAUGUGGAUAUGGUGGUGCAGUUAUGUGACGCUGAACAUUUGAUUUCUGGCAUACUGUACAAUUCCUCACGAACUCGGCGACGUCUUCGUUGAUUUUUGGCUAUACAAAUCUACUUGAUAGAACAUAAGAGUUGCUCGUAUGCCAGGAUGGGCAAUGUUAUGGAAAUGUUUCAAGAUUAGCAACUAUGCGGCUCUAGAAUAUAUGGACGUGCGAAACCUCUUACAUAGACAUCACAGCAAGGGGUUUCGAAUACGGCUGCAAAGUAACUUGUUUAACGAAGAACUAAUCGAUGCGAGUAACCUCAACAGCUCUGCAUCGGUAUCUUGGUCCAGUGCAAUGGUUUAAUAAUCAAUCGGAGAUGGAGAACCGAUGGAAUCAACUCUAGACAACGUAUCGGCAGCAACGUCGUUCCUCGCACUAAUGUGUUUCAUAUCGGUGGUAAAUGGAAAAAUGUACUGCAACACACCUUCGUGGGGUAGACGAUAAGCAGAUUUCGAAGUCAUGGCAUGCGUUAAAGGACUAUGAUCGGUAAAUAUUGUAAAUAGUGUCUGAAAUAUCUGACAGCCAUUUUCAUGGGUGUCAGCUCCCGUCGAAACGUAGAAUAAUUCCGUCGACUUAAUGAAAGAAUGAAACGAAUAGAAGCCUAGCGGCUGCACAGUCUCUUUGAUUAUCUGGUGUAGCACUGCUCCGGCUGCGAUGUUUGAAGUAUCCCCGAGUAGAUCCAGAGGUGUUACCCGAAACUCAAACGCUUCUAUUGUGGGUCCACUGAAUUUUCCUGAAAUCAUUCUUCAUGUUACCUUGUUACCUUCUUGUUUAUUACCAUGACGUUUGAGUUAAGUCGAUCGAACACUUUUCGCACACUCUUCGAUGGAAGACAAUACUAGGCAUAUACCAUUAAAAAACGACAAUAAAAUCUAGAUCACCAAAUAGCCUAUGCAUAAAUCUUUGGAACGUUUGACAUGCAUUACACAGGCCAAACUGCAUCCUGGAGAAUUCAAACAUUCCAAAUGAUGUUGUAACGGCAGUUUUUGGUAUAUCUUCUUUGGUAAGGUUAAUAAUACUGAAUAUUGACUUACCGUGGAAUGAGUUUAGUAGAUCGUGGACUUGUGGAACAGGAUAACGAUCUGGGACCGUCACGUGAUACAACUUGCGAUAAUCACCGAAGAAGCGUAUUUGUCCAGAUUUCUUGGGUACACAAUGUAACGGGCUGUCCAUGAACUACUGGGGGAAAGACAAAUGCCGAAAUCCAUAAUCAUUUGGAAUUACUUAUCUGUCACCAUCCUGCGUGCUUUACAAGCAGCCGGGGGUCCUUUAGAAACAAUAUGAUGCGUAAUGUCAUGACCAACAUCUGUGCGUAACAUGGAUGGGCGUGUUAUGAUCUGAAUUUCUUCAAUCAAAGGCCGAAAUAGAUGAUCAUAGUUGAUUGUUGUAACAUCGUGAAGGGACGUUUUCGCCAUCCCGCCUGUGGUUUUUAACUUCGUUGUUCCAACGAUGAUGUUACGGUGCUUGAGAUCUGCCAUUAUACUAAAAAAAAACAGAAAAUCUACUCCAAUUAUGAUGGUACUAACGUCUGCGAUGAGAAAAUUCCACGAAAAUUUUCUGCGGAUUUCAAGAUCCAAGAAACGUGUGUCGAAAGUCGGGAUGUUCGUACUAUUUGCAGCGCGCAGUAGGAACGUGAUCGGUGGUUUAGUCUUAUCUCUUCUGGUAGCAGGUAGAACCGAAACAUCCGAGUCGGUAUCAAUCAAGAACCGGAUGUUAUUAGUCAUAUCGAAAACGGUUGAGCGACGGCUUCCCUUACUCGCGCCCACCUCCGCCGUGAACGAUGAACUGCUGCUUGAUUUUUUGGCUUAACGUUUGCAUUAAAAAAAUAAAAAUAAGACAGAUAAUCGAGUUUGAUAAAUUUCUCAUGGAAGGUAAUUUUAUUAGCUUGCUUGCAAAAAAAAUCUGACAGUCUUUUUUUUCUCUUUACUGCUGUGCUGUAAGGUUGGUAGCUUUUCGAUAACAGUGUUACUAAACCGCAUACCCUCUCGCAUACGGCUUCUCCGCAUGGUACUUUGGUUGGAGCUGUGUUUCUUAGCGAUGUCGAUGUCCGAGAGUCCCUGGUUUGUGUUAGUUUUUCUUCAUAUCUUCAAUCUCAGCUUCCGAUUGUAAGUUCCACUAAUACACGUCCUCUGCUCCAUCCGAACAACAGUUGUACGUUCACGAAAACGUUUCAGCGCAUCAUACACGAUCGAUUUAGCCACCUUCAGCUUUUUCACGAUUUUAGUACCUGAAAUCAGUCAAUUCUUUUCUCGGCUUCCAUCUUGCAUAACAUUUUCAAAACAAAACGGAUCAACGUGCAUUUUUUACCAUCGAAAGAAACAGGUUUUUCUAACAAUUUGCUGUCAAAAGAUUUCAGAUAUGUCUACUCCAACCACUGCUAUAAAAUGAACAGUGAUUCCGGAUUCUAACUGAAUCAAACCUUAGCGUUCAAUAGCAUAUGUUUGAUAACUGAGCAAUUCUCUGUCGAAUGAGUAAAUGCCUCAACCCAUGCCUCUCCAAUUUGAAUGAAUGAAUGUCCAACAAAAAGUCGAUUCUCUACAAUCUUUUCUCAGAUACCAAUCCACUACAAUUAAAUUUUUCUUGUAAAUCAAUGUAAGCUCUGUUGAAGGUUUCAUUCAAAUCGUAGAAGGUCAUGCAAGAUUUUGUUUUGGCAGACUUCACAUAGAAAUGCUGUACUGCAAACAUAGCAUGAACGAUUGUUAUUUAAUCAAGAGAAAAAUCUAUGUGGCUUUUUCAAUUGUAUAUCACUAUCUGGCUUUAUGUUAACUGUUUGUUGUCCCAUUUGUUGUGCCCUUCGAUCCCACAAAGUGGUUAUUUAAAUAUUACAUUAAGUGCUGAACAUAGGCUUACUACUUCAGCAGGAUAAACCACUCUCGAUACCGUAAUAUUUGUUAAUAUUGUGUUUUGAUUACCUCGUUGGGGACUAGACAAACGGCGCCUAUUGUACCAGGCAAAUGGUGAGCGACAGCUUCGAUUAUUUGGACGUGAUUUUUAUUUAGGUUAAAUCGGUUAAAUUGUUUUUUUGUUGUAUAUUUAGUUUUUUCCCAAUCUAGAAAUAUGUUCGAACCAAAUGAGAUUAUACCAAGGGAAAUGGAACGAUCCGAACGGUUUCAUAAAAGUUUUUGCAAGAGUUUUAAUUCCGACCCCUAGUUCAACCACACUUUCUCUCUAUCUAUCAAUUUAUUAUGUAUAUUCUAACCAACGUUUAUUUCUGAACAUGAUACGAUUAUUCUCCCGGACACGCAAUCGCGCACGCUGUAUCAAUUAGGCCGUAGAGAUACGUUUUCGCACGCUGCUGUGGCCACAUCCAAAUACAAAACCGCACCUGCGGAAUAUUCGUAACCAACAGAGCAAAAUUAAUACAAACAUUUCAAUGUAGAACUAUUCCCUUAUGCCUUAUUUAUAGAAUGAUAAUAACUUAUAUUUGUUGAAAAGCAUAACAAAUACCAAAAAGGUAAAUUUUCAUACCUUAUUGGGAACGAUAAGAAAAAGCUAUACACAAAAUAAUUUGUGAACAGUUCAUCUGAAUUUGUGUUCUAUUCUCUCGUAAUGAAAUUUCGGUAAUCAGAACCUCUCUGUUAUUAUUUUGUCAUAAGUGUGUACAUACGUCUUAAUUUGUAGUGAAAUGUUGUCAACAAAAUCAAAAUAUUCAAAGCGUGUAAAUAUCUUUAUAGUUAUGGUAUACCUAGGAAAAUGACACGACAUGGUCAGAGAUCAAAAAAAGUCUAAAAGUGGUACACGAGUUUUACGUUUACUAGCCUAUAUAAUACAUGAAAACGUACAAUAUAUAUGAAGUUAUUUGGAUAUAGGAAUUAUUACAAAGGAUAAACCAACAACAACAAAAAAACAUACAGAAAUGUUUACUGUGUACUAGAUGUAAGAUUUGAUAACAAACAGAACACUAACAGAUAAGAAACAGAAUUUAUGUUUACGUCUUCGGGUAACAGAACACAACAUGUUGGUUAAUAAUAUUAGCGAAGUAAAUGAAAAAUAAAUCGUAUACAUAUACAAUAAUCGAUUUAGUUUUAUACUUAUUACAAGUAUCCACUGCAAGAGUAAAACAAACAAAAAUAUAUUAUUACGUUACAAGUAAAGAAAUAUGGAACAACAAGUGUGAAAGUAGUAGAAUAAUUUUACGAGGAAAGUGUAAAUUACAAAACUGGAACAAAUAUAUUUAAAAAACAAA